AUGGAAAAGAACGGCAUCACUCCCGCCGGCCAACAAUUUGUCGAACUCACGACCAAUCCUCACCAUCGGCACCCCUCCAAAGAGAGCAGUGGCUAUCAGCAAAUGCCCAACCCACAUCUACUGCAUGGCGAGGCAAAGACAUCUGCCAUACAAGAGGAAGACAUGAUCUCCCGCCACCGCACGGCCUCUGCCUUUGACACCGAAAGCCAGUCACCCACUCGAUCUUCCCAUGACCCUCUAGAACUCGCUCGACGGCUCAAGUCCAAAACAGAGCUCGACCGCAUUACGGCCAAUACCGCCCGCAAACGCCAUGCCAUUUGCAAUCCUAUGGUCAUCGCAGGGAAAGCGCCUGGCUCCAAAGUCACCGAGUUCUAUGAGUCACAAAACGAGCAGAUUCAAAGACUCUUAAAACCAGUGGAUGAGCAUGUCCGCGAGGCGAGGGACACCCAUACCUCCAACCAUCUGCGCUUUCAGAUCGCGGUUUAUGGAAGCUUUCUCGCCAACAUAAUUCUAGCCGCCCUGCAAGUCUAUGGUGCCGUGGCCUCAGGCUCUCUGUCUCUGUUUACAACAAUGGCGGAUGCCGUCUUUGACCCCCUCUCCAAUGUCACCUUGAUUCUCUCCAACAAAGCCGUUCAAAAAGUCGAUGCUCGCAAGUUCCCAGCCGGAAAGGCACGGAUCGAGACAGCCGGAAACAUUGUCUUUUGCUUUCUCAUGACUGCGGUUAGUUUCAUCCUGAUCGCCUUUUCCAUCCAAGAACUUGUCCGCGGUUCCGCAGAGGAAACUAAGGAUUUCCACUUACCUUCGGUCAUUGCCGUCACUGUGGCUUUUUGCACCAAACUUGCAUUGUUCUUGUAUUGCUGGGCGUUGAGAAAUCAAUACUCCCAAGUACGCAUUCUAUGGGAGGACCAUCGCAACGAUCUUUUCAUCAACGGCUUUGGUGUCCUCACGUCUGUGGGUGGAAGCAAACUCAGGUGGUGGCUAGAUCCCUCGGGUGCCAUUAUCCUAUCCGUAUUGAUCUCCGUCUUGUGGCUGCGCACCGCUUACUCAGAAUUCCAACUCCUCAUUGGCAUUACUGCAGACACCGAAACUCAACAACUCAUCACCUACGUGAGCAUGACCCACAGUGAUCGAAUCAAGCAGAUCGAUACUGUCCGCGCAUGGCAUUCUGGACCUCGAUUGGUUGUCGAGGUCGAUGUGGUCAUGGACCCUGACGAGAGUCUUCGCGUCAGUCACGAUGUUGCAGAGGAAUUGCAGAUGAAGCUUGAGAGCUUGCCUGACGUGGAAAGGGCCUAUGUUCAUUGCGAUUUCGAAACGACCCAUAAGCCUGAGCAUUUCCUCAAGAAAGAACUUUAA